CUAGUCAAAUAAAACAGAAAUAUUCAAACAGCUAUAACAUAGUUACUAUGUCUAUAUAAUAAAUGGUUUGAAAUGAAGAGCAAUGAUUUAAUUUACUUGUUACCAUAAUGAUGUUUCUCGUUGCCAUAAUAACGUUUUCAAAUGAAAAACAAUAAUUUAAUCGAAUAAAUAACAUUUUUCUCAUGUUCAAUAUAAUGUAACAUUUUAUAUUCAAUGCUGCUAAUUUAUCAAAGAUUAAAGAGCGCCAUGGAAAGAAGUCGGAUAAAAGCUCUCAAAGAGAUACAAGUGGAAACGCUACUUAUCAGGAAUAAAAUAAAUUGGUAUCGCGGAAUUCUGAAAUUGCAUGCGCAUGAUAAGAAGCUGCAGUUGUCGCAAGCUACAAAAUUAAAGUCAUUAAUAUCAAAGAAAGUCACGUCUCUAGAAGUGGAUGUUAAAAAAUAUCGCGAAGUCAUCGAUGAUUUGAAAAAUGAAAAUAAACGAGACAUACUUAGAGCGUUGAGCGAUUAUAGAGAAUUUUAUUUGGCUUUUAGUUACCUGAAACCAUCCGAAAUUUGCGCAACGGUGUAUGAAAACUGCGAUAUAAAACGUCGAUUGUUGGAUAAAUUAUAUUGCGAGAAAAAGAGAAAAUUGAAACAAGGUAUUGAUUUACAGAUAGAACACGUCGUUCUUUCGAGAGAGUUUGAGAAACAAAGCGAAGAGCAAUUAUAUUGCGAGCAGCAACGUUUAGUAGCACGAUUGCAACAAUCCAUCACAAAACAUAACUCGGCAAAAACAAUACAUUCCACGUAUCUUUCGAUGUUGAAUAUCUUAAAGAAGGAUGCGUUAUUUUUUGGCAACUUAGCGGACAUUAUAAAAGAAGACCAAACUGCGCAAUGCAAACAAAUGUUGAAAGUGACAGUUAUGGGUCAAUUGGCGGCAGAGGAUCUAGACAAUAUAAAACAAAAAUACAAACGAAUGACACAAGUGGUUUUGCGUAACAUGAAAAUCAGAGAACAAAUGUUGAGUGCCGUACGCUGUGAAGUGGAAGAUUUAUGGGCUUACGCGCAAUCAUUGGUGCGCAACGAAAGCAAUCAUGUUUUAAAAAAAAAAGAUCACAACGAAGCGUGGUCUGCCGACAAGAUACUGGAAAAUCAACUAGCAGGUCUGAAAAAAGUUUGCAACAAAGUAAAAGAAAUUCUUCUUGUGCGUCCCUAUCAUGAUUUGUUUUCCAGAUUUGAAACUCAAUCUGCGCACAAAACAGCUUUAUUGGCACGAUUAGACACUAAUUUAAAGAAUCGCGACCUGCUGUUCAGUAAAAAGAAUCAUGCUCUACAAGUUUUGGAGAGUCUUAUCUAUUCCAUAAAAAUCGCAGAACAAUAUAAAGCAAAUGAGCGUGACAUACUGGAACAACUGAAGAUUGAGAAGAAAAAAGAGAUUGAUCUGAAUGAGCAAAAAAAAGCUCUUGGCAAAUGGUUCACAGGCAUCAGAGCAGCCUUACUGAGCAUGAGCACGAUGUUGCUCUGCCUCAAACACGGCACAGCUGCGACAAAAAAGCCAGUUAAAGAUGCCAAUAAGAAUAUGUUAAAGGAAGUACAACUAAGUACAACGGCCGAUGAUAAAGAUACGAAAGAAAACGACGUAUUGUCAGAGAUCGGGGAAGAGAGCGAUGUUUUGCUGCUGUUGUCGAAAAUCAGUCGGAAAAUAGGUAUCCUCUUCAACAUGAGUAAUUUUGAAUUGGAGCAGGAGAAGGAAAACAAAGCGCGAAAUUUUUAUCAAACUUAUAUGUCGCAUUAUACCUCCAAAUUGAUAUUCGGAACUGAUGAAGAGAAACUGAUAGGAACACUUCUUAAAUCCUUGACCUCUAAAUACGGAUAAUUUUCCUGCAAUCUCACGCAGACUUAGGUUAAUCUGUGGAACUGUUUCGGUAAAUGUUGUAGUAGCUAUUUGAAGAGCGUUUCUAGUCCUGACUUGUUUAUUUCAUCUUUUCACUAAAACAGUUAAGGGAUUUGAUCAAAUCACUUACUUUCUUCAGGGAAAUCACCUCACGGAGUUGUUAUUUUAUCAUCUUCCGUGAAUUGAUCAUAUACCUUAGGGAUUUGAUCAAAUCCCUAUUUUUAUUAUCUCCCUGCGACAUAUACAUAUAUAUAUACAGGGUGUCCCAUAAUUGCCGUCUCA